UUUUCAAAAUAUUGGAUCGAAUUGGUGGCUGGUGAUUCGAACACGUACCUACAAUGUACAACAUGACGUCAGAAAUUAAAAUCCAACGGAUAAUCCUGAUAGCGGUGUUAGUGACGUUAUUAAAAAGUGUUUCGGUUUCUUGUACCCGUAGACCAAUAAUAGGUGUACUGGCUCAAGAAUUUUCCGUAAUUAAUGGAACAGAAGCCGUCAAAGGGAGAACAGGUAAAUCUAGUUACAUAGCUGCAUCUUACAUCAAAGCGGUGGAAAGCUCAGGAGCCAGAACAAUACCAAUAUUUGUCAAUCGGAAUCGCAAUUAUUACGAACGUAUACUGUACUCGAUAAAUGGAGUAGUAAUUCCUGGUGGAGAUUCACAGUUAAAACCUGGAUAUCCGUAUUACGAUGCAUUUACAACCAUCAUCGAAAUAUCAGAAGAGAUGAACAAAAAAGGAAUCUACUUUCCAAUACUAGCCGUUUGUUUGGGAUUUGAAGCGUUCGUAGUGUUGUACAAUGGCCAUAAAGAUCCUCAAACAACUUGCAAGAUUCAUCAGGAAAAUUAUCCGCUCAAAUUCGAACCUAAAUUCACUGAAAGUUUAUUAUUCGCUAACAUGGAUCAUCAAACCUACAUCAAUUUGAAAUAUUUCCCAGUAACUAUCAAUAACCACUUUUGGUGUACAACUCAAAAAAAUUUCACCAAAUCGCGUAAAUUAUCAAAAAACUGGAAAAUCACAUCAACCGGCGUCAGCUCAAGAGGAUUGAAAUUCAUAGCAACCAUUGAGCACAAGGAGCAUCCUUUUAUUGGAGUUCAAUUCCAUCCAGAAAAAGCGAUUUUCGAAUGGAAAGAAGAAUUAAAUUUACCUCACAGUGAAGCGGCAAUUCAAGCAAAUCGAUACUUCUACGAUGUGUUAGUGAAGCUUUCUAAAUUGAAUAGCAAUAAAUUUGCAACUCAUGAAGAUGAAAGAAAUGCUCUUAUUUAUAACUACAAGCCCCGUUAUCAAGAAGAAUACUCAGUUUUUGUUCAAAUAUAUGUUUUUGAGUAAAU